GGGAUUUUGUCCAGAUGGAUUCCUGUCAUGUACAGAUUAUCCCGGGGGAGGUUCACCCACCACGCUUUGUUCUGUCCUUCUUAUAGCUGUUCCGCGGUACACAAUAUCCUGGACGUCUAGAUGUGAAACUGCAGGCUCAAGAUCCCCGGCGUGGCAGCCAACACAAUGCAGGAUACAAGAUUGAAUGGUUGAUCCAGUACACUACCUCAAAAGGUCUCCGUCCCCGCAUCCGUCCUGGUCCGAACAAGAGUUUCGGAGGCACAUCCGAAGGCCAUGCGCACUAUAUAUAUGGGCACCACUGCAAUGCGCGUCCCCUGGUUUGAGCCUCAAUUACUUUCCAUUAGACGAUCAGCCAGAACCAGAAAGGCUCGAGCCUCGCCCGCCCUCAUUUGCCGUGGCCCACCGGCUGUGCGCUAUUCUGACCGCCGUGGCAUCGAUGACCUUGGUGGGUGGGCAGCGCUAAGUAACAGGGAUGAAGCCGUUGAGCUUCCAAACUGCAGGCCUAAUAUUGCCAUUCAUGGUUGAGGAGACAGUCCAGCCUUGACAAAACCCGCUACCGUGACUUUUUUUUUUUUUUUUUUU